AUGGCUCUUUGGCACGGGACGGUCGCUUUCGUAUGCUCAACCUUUGCAUUUCUUUGUUUUGGUGUUGCGUUUGCUGCUCACCCAGAGCAUGCCAUAACCUACUUCGACGGUGGACCAACCCGAUUGUUCUUCUUUGAUGAUAUACCUAGUUUGAUAUAUCACGAUACCAUCUCCAUGAACAUAUAUGUUUCUCAUGACGAAGGCAAGACCUGGGAUCGUGCAGAUGGCAUACUACCUGGCGACGCCGCAAUAUUUGUCGAACACCCAUUCAACAAUCGUGUGGCAUUCGUAUUAACCGAUUCCUUCACGCAUUACCGCACCGAUGAUUGCGGAAAGACAUGGGUUACAUUCUCUGUCCCUGACCUAGUAUCCGGCGUUUCAAAACCACUCUCCUUCCACUCAGAUCCCCGCAGGUGGGAGUAUGUCCUCUUCCAGGGCACUAAGUGCACACAAACUCCUUGGGGCAGACAUUGUCAAGACGUGACAUACUACACCCAAGAUGGAUUUGCCACAACACCGAAAGUACUCCUAGAUGACAUCUCUAGCUGCCAAUUCGCUCACAGCAGCAAAGACUUUCAACCCGACGCUCAUGACGACCUCAUCUACUGCAACUUCUUUGUCACCAAGAAGAACGAGGAUAUUGGCAAUGGCAAUAACACUGAAGGUGUCGUGACAUUUGCGAUCGUGGGCAAGUUUGCUGUUGUCGAGGUCAAGGACUUGACGCCCGGCAGCGAUAGUUACAUGGUGUUAUAUGUUUCUAUGGACACCAAACAGUGGGUCAAGGCACAGUUCCCCUCCAAGGUGCGCUUAUGGGAGGGCGCAUACUCCAUCGCCGAGUCUACGAUCCACUCCCUUGCAGUAAACGUCGCCCUGCACGAUCCAGACCCCGUUGUUACCCUGUUCUCCAGCAGAACCCUGUUCGUCAGCAACUCCAAUGGCACCUACUUUGUUGAGAGCUUGAAAGACACAAACAGGAACAUGGCGGGGUAUGUUGAUUAUGAGAAAAUAUACGGCGUUGAGGGUGUUGGUAUCGCCAAUGUCGUUGCUAAUGCACAAGACCUCGAGAGGCGGAUGGCAGCCGAGCAAUUACGGUCGGUCAUCACAUUCAAUGACGGUCGCUCGUGGGCUCCUCUUCUUGUUCCUGGCGGUACCUGCUCCUGCUCACUGCAUCUGCACUCAGUAACAGACAUGCAUGACUACGGCCCAGUUUUCUCGUCCCCCGCCCCUGGAUUUGUUAUGGGUGUGGGUUCCAUCGGAACGACACUUGCGUCAUAUGAAGAGAGCAACACCUACAUCAGCACUGAUGCCGGCCUGACAUGGAAGAUGGUCCGCGAAGGCCCAUAUCAAUUUGAAUUUGGCAAUUCUGGAAGUAUCAUCGUCAUUGUUGAUGACCAGCAACCUACCGACUCCAUCCUGUACUCCACGGACAUGGGCCAAACCUGGAAGACAUACAACAUUGGCAUCCAGUUUCAUGUCAUGGGAUUAACCACGGUAUCGGAUUCAACAUCUCAGAAGUUCCUCGUCCUCGGCUAUGUGAUGUCACAGUCCCGACAACCCGACGACGGCCGCAUCGCUGCCAUCUACCUCGACUUCGCUACCCUCGGGCGUCCGAAGUGUGGUCCGAACGACAAGGAAUCAUGGUAUGCAAGAGCCAAUUCAAAAUCAGAGUGCAUCAUGGGUGCCAAGCAAUCGUUCACGAGGCGCAAGGCUGAUGCAGAUUGUUACAUGGGUGAGGAGUUCCAUCAUCCGGAAGUUCAUGAUGAUAAGUGUCCAUGCGAGGAACAUGAUUAUGAGUGUGACUACAACUACGUGCGGAGCAAUGGUAAAUGUGUACCCUUGGGUCCAGAGCGCAUACCCAGCACCCAGUGUACCCUUGGGACGCCCAACGAAAAGUACAUGGGUUCAUCGGGAUAUCGCAAGAUCCCUGGGAACAAGUGUGAAGGUGGCUCUCGCAUGGACGAGCCCAUCUCCAAAGAUUGUUCUGGAGCUGAACCUGUCGAAGGACCGAUCGUUCACCAGAUUCAUUCGUUCCCUGGUGAUAUUGUGCAGAGCGAGUAUUUCAAGGACUCAAAGACCGUCCUCGUCCGUCUUACUGACCGCACAAUAUGGCAAUCUAGCAACGAGGGUUACACAUGGGAACAAAAGUUCCCAGAGGAGCGUUUCCUAGCGUUCUAUAUGCACACACACAGCAAUGAGCGCGCAUACCUUCUCACCGACUCCAAGAAGUUCUACUACACAACAGACACAGGCCGCUACUGGCUCUCCUCCGAAGCGCCUUCGUCUCCCAAUACCUUCGGGGCCCAAGUGCUCCGCUUCCAGCCAAGGACAGAGCCCAGUACACGUGGAAUAAUGGGGCGGAAUUGGCAGUUGGUGGAGGACUACGUUGUCAAUUGCGAUUGGGCACGCAAUGGGGAGCUGCGGAUCGAUUCGUCUCAGAUCCUAUGCGAGUCAUAUGAGAACAAACAGGGCUCGCAAGUGUUUUUCGGGAGAGAUAAUGCGUUACAGCUUGUGUCUUGGACGGACCCUUAUGUGACGAAGACGAAACUGUUUGACCAUGUCGUGGGGUUCACCCAGUUGUCAGAGUUUUUGAUCGUGGAUGAGUACCUUCCGAUGAGGGACAUGCUUAACCUCCAGGUCUCAUUUGAUGGACGGACGUUUGCUCCUGGGAGCUUCCCUACUGGGAUGCAUCCAACUUUCCACGCAUACACUAUCCUCGAGUCAAGCACUAAAUCCAUCUUCCUACACAUGACCAUGAACGAAGAGCCAACGCCAUGGGGCAACAUCCUCAAAUCCAACUUUAACGGAACUUACUUUGUGCUGUCUCUCGAGAAUGUGAACAGGAAUAUAGGCGGCUUUGUCGACUUUGAGAGAUUCGCGGGGUUGGAAGGCAUUGCGAUGGCUAACAUAGUAGCCAAUCCUACAGAGGCUGCGCUGACGGGACGUAAGGCUCUGCAGACGAGGAUCACGCAUGAUGAUGGUGGCACUUGGAAGGCGCUUCUACCCCCUUCGGUCGAUUCGCUGGGUCUGAAGUACCCUUGUACAUCAGUGGGCUGUGCACUCCACGUUCAUGGGUAUACAGAGCGCUUCAAGGCCCGGGCGACAUAUAGCAGCCCAUCCAUCGCCGGCGUGGUGAUGGCAGUAGGAAAUGUGGGUGAUUCGCUCGCCACCUACAGCGAGAGCGAUACCUUCUUAUCCCGGGAUGGCGGGUUCACGUGGGAAGAAGUGCACAAGGACGCCCAUAUCUGGGAGUUCGGCGACUCAGGAUCUGUCAUUGUGAUCGUAAACGACAAAGAGCCGACGGAUCACGUCCUGUUUACCACAGAUGAGGGUCUCACUUGGCGAGAAUUCAAGUUUACGACUGAGAAGAUCAGAGUGAGAGAUAUUAUGACGGUGCCGGGGGAUACAAGCCGGAAGUUUAUGCUCCUGGGUCGUUAUCCCGCGAUGGCUGGCUCAGUCAUCGUGCACUUGGAUUUCUCAUCUCUCACGCAUAGAAAAUGCCUCGUGGAUGCGCAAAAUCCUGGACACGAUGACUUUGAGCUGUGGAGCCCCAGCGAGGAAAGAGACUCACUUUGCUUGUUCGGUCGACAGACGCUCUACCAUCGCCGCAAACGGGAUGUGAACUGUGUUGUUGGGGACACGUCCAAGGCACCAGACAAGGUCGUGCGGAACUGCAGAUGGCGAUUGGGUUUACCUGAAGACGAUGAUGAUUCGCCAAGGUCAGGUCCUGGUAUGCUUGCUACGCUGGCAUCUGUGCCAUGGUUCCUGCUCGGGCUUUUGGGUAACGCCUUUAAAUAUAUGUCAAAGGGCUACCGCGCUAGGCGUAAUAAUGGAGCUGUGUCUUUGGACGAAGAUAAGCAGGUUUUAUUACAUAUUGAGGAUGGGAAAUAA